CGACCCCGAGCCGGCCCCGAGCCAUGGCCCUGAGUGAGCUGCCGCUGCUCCGCUGGCUGCGAGAGAGCCGCCACUCGCGGAAGCUCAUCCUCUUCAUCGUGUUCGUCGCGCUGCUGCUGGAUAACAUGCUGCUCACUGUUGUGGUUCCCAUCAUCCCCAGUUACUUGUACAGCAUUAGGCACGAGAAAAAUGCCACCGAAAUCCAGACUGUGAAGCCAGGGCUCACGUCCUCUCCCACGGGAAGCUUCCAGAACAUCUUCUCCUAUUAUGACAACUCCACUGUGGUCACUGGGAAUGCCACCGGAGGUCCACAGCUGGGACAGCUCUAUAAGACCACCACGCAGCUCAUGGUGACCAACACGUCCACCACCGCUCCUGACUGUCCCAAGGAGGACAAAGAGCUCCUGAAUGAGAACGUGCAGGUUGGCCUGCUGUUUGCCUCAAAAGCUACGGUCCAGCUCCUGACCAACCCUUUUGUAGGGUUGUUGACCAACCGAAUCGGCUACCCGAUUCCAAUGUUUACGGGAUUCUGCAUCAUGUUUAUCUCAACAAUUAUGUUCGCCUUCUCCAGCACCUACGCACUGCUCCUCAUCGCCCGGUCCCUGCAGGGCAUCGGCUCGUCCUGCUCCUCUGUGGCUGGCAUGGGCAUGCUUGCCAGCGUGUACACAGAUGAUCAGGAGAGAGGCAACGCCAUGGGCAUCGCGCUGGGAGGCCUGGCCAUGGGGGUCCUAGUGGGUCCCACCUUUGGGAGUGUGCUGUACGAAUUUGUGGGGAAAACGGCCCCGUUCCUGGUGCUGGCCGCCUUGGUGCUCCUGGAUGGGGCUAUUCAGAUCUUUGUCCUCCAGCCGUCCCGGGUGCAGCCGGAGAGUCAGAAGGGGACCCCAAUAACCACUCUGCUGAGGGACCCUUACAUCCUCAUCGCUGCAGGAUCCAUCUGCUUCGCAAAUAUGGCCAUCGCCAUGCUGGAGCCGGCACUGCCCAUCUGGAUGAUGGAGACCAUGUGUUCCCACAAGUGGCAACUGGGCGUUGCUUUCUUACCAGCCAGCGUCUCUUAUCUCAUUGGAACCAAUAUUUUUGGGAUACUCGCGCACAAAAUGGGGAGGUGGCUUUGCUCUCUUCUGGGGAUGCUGAUCGUUGGCGUCAGCAUUCUGUGUAUUCCUUCUGCAAAAACCAUUUACGGACUCAUAGCUCCCAAUUUUGGAGUUGGUUUUGCAAUUGGAAUGGUGGACUCAUCCAUGAUGCCCAUCAUGGGCUACCUCGUGGACCUGCGCCAUGUGUCUGUCUACGGGAGUGUGUACGCCAUUGCAGAUGUUGCCUUUUGUAUGGGAUACGCCAUAGGUCCUUCUGCGGGUGGAGCGAUCGCCAAGACCAUCGGAUUUCCAUGGCUCAUGACCAUUAUCGGAAUUAUUAAUAUUCUCUUUGCUCCUCUCUGCUUUUUUCUUCGAAGUCCACCUGCCAAGGAAGAAAAAAUGGCUAUUCUCAUGGACCACAACUGCCCUGUUAAAACAAAAAUGUACACCCAGAAUAACAUCCAGUCAUAUCCAAUAGGUGAAGAAGAAGAAUCGGAAAGUGACUGAGGAUCCCAGUCAUGGACGUGUUUAGUUGUAUCAAAGUGUCACCAGUGAAAUGGCUUACCCACUACCGUAGUUGCACCAUCCACCCCUGUCAAAGAGUACACCAACCAAAGGUCGUUAUUUCUUUUCAUGGUUCUGAUUGAUUGCCAACAGCCUUAUAAAGAAAAAGCAGCUUUUCUAGGGGUUUGUACAAAUAGCGUUGAAAACUUUAUUUUCUGUAUUUGGUUUUAUUAAAUAUUAUACAAUGUAUUUUGAAGAUAUAGGUAUAGUGUAAAUCUAUAAAUAUUUGAAUCCAAAUCAAAUAUAAUUU